AAGCCAUCGGCGGCCAUUUUGAGAAUGUCGAAUGUUGAUUCCGCCAUUGCGAAAUGAAUUGUGGUGUAUGCACGAAAUUAUUUAGGUAUGCCGACAUAAGUGUUUAGUGAAUCGUUUUGUGCUUUUUAUCAAGAUGGAAGACGAAUACAGUAUAGACCCCCAGGACUCUACUAUGAGUGAAUUAAACCGUAGCGAUGUUAGUGAAAUUACGGAUUCUUCUAAGGAUUUUUGUGAGCCGGGGGGUUAUGAUGAAAAUUACGAAGAUGAGGAAGGCGCGAACGGCUUCAGAGGCGGUAGAGGCGGUCGCGGGACGUUCAGGGGUCGCGGGCGAGGUCCGCCGCCUGGUUGGAUGAAUGGGCCUCCGCCCAUGCGCUUCAGGGGCCGCGGCUACGGUCCCGGCGGGCCUCCUAUGAGAGGUCGCGGAUUCUUCCGUGGGCGUGGUGGUCCGAGAGGAUAUGGUCCAAAUAAUGGUCCUAAUUACGAAAAUAACUGGGGACCCAUGGGUCCCCCGCCGCCUGGUAUGAUGGGAGGCCCCCCGCCUUAUGGACCACCUCCUGGUAUGAUGCCGCCAGGUGGACCGAUGGGCCCCCCGCCCAACAUGAUGGGGCAGCCGCCGCCCUUCGGACCUCCAGGGAUGCCACCACCAAAUAUGCCCGCUCCGGAGCUGUGGGUUGAGACCAAGUCGGAUGAGGGCAAGUCGUAUUACUACCACGCCAGGACUAGAGAGACGACCUGGACCAGACCCCAGGAGAGUCCCACGUGCAAGGUCAUCACGCAGGCUGAGGUGGAUGUCAUGACAGCUGCUGGCCAGUAUCCCGGCAUGAAUCAGUCGAUGCCCAUGAACGGUCCCAUGGGCGGCAUGGGCGGUCCCAUGGGCGCGCCAAUGAACGGCCCCAUGGGCAUGAUGGGCAUGAUGCCGCCAGGAGUCGGCCACGGGCCAACACCGGGGUCCGUCCCGCCCUUCAUGAACCAACCGCCACCCUGGGUCAAGGAUAAUAACCAGAUGCAGUCGAAGCUGGACAAACAGGACAGCUCACCUGAUGAUGAAGCGCCCCCGGGCGAGGCACCCUCACAGGCUACACAACCACCCGGCACGGGCCCCCUAGGCCCAGCGCCGGGUGCCGGCGGGCCGUGGGGUUGGGGCUGGGCCCCGCCGCUGGUGGCGCAGCCCCCUGGCCUGGCGGCCGCCUCAGCAGCCGUACCUGACACUGGCGCAGCAACUCAGACACAGCCCAUCGCGGUCAUGGGAAAUGACGCACAACCGGACAGCACAGUGACGCCCAAGAAAGAGGAAACGGUGAUACCUCCCGAACUGUCUCUACGUGCUGGGGAGUGGACCACACACAGGGCUCCGGACGGCAGGCCAUACUACUAUCACGCUGGCACCAGGCAGAGUGUGUGGGAGAAACCGCAGCCCCUCAAGGAGUUUGAAGAACUACAAAACAAAAUAGCCAAAGAGAAAGGCGAAAAGCUGGACGUCAAGAAGGACAGCAGGGUUAUUGACGACGGCAAAAUAGAAGUUAUAGAUGUAGAAGCUCACGCUGAGGCCGCGGCAGCUGCAGAGGCUGCUGAGAGGGAGAGAUUAGAGAGAGAGCGGCUAGAGAGAGAGAGAAUAGAGAAGGAGAGGUUGGAGAAAGAGAGGUUAGAGAAGGAGAAACAGGAGAAGGAGAAGGCUAAGACGGAUAAGAGUAGACCGGUUUCAAGCACUCCCAUAUCUGGAACACCUUGGUGCGUUGUAUGGACGGGUGACGGCAGAGUGUUCUUCUACAAUCCGACGGCGCGUCUGUCAGUGUGGGAGCGCCCGGCACAGCUGGCAGGGAGAGCGGACGUGGAUCAAGCGGUGUCUCACCCGCCCCACCAGAGGGAUCAGCAGCGGAAGGAACCGCCAGCGACCACGACCGUCACGCCGGCCAAGAACGCUAACGGGGAACUGAAGAGGGGAGCGUCCGACUCAUCCGACUCGGAGACUGAACCGGCCAAGAAGGCGAAAUCCGAAGAAACCAAGAAGAAGUCUGGUGUGUCAGCCGGCGUGAUAGAUAUGGGCAAGGAGGCGGCCAGGGAGGCGAUGGCCAGGGCGGAGCGCGAGAGGGCGCUGGUGCCGUUCGAACAGCGCGUGAGGGCCUUCCUUCAGAUGCUGCACGAGAGCGACGUGUCAGCGUUCUCGCCGUGGGAGAAGGAACUGCAUAAGAUUGUGUUCGACAGCAGAUAUCUGCUGCUAGAGUCGAAGGAGAGGAAACAGGUGUUCGAUAAGUACGUGAGGGAGCGAGCUGAGGAGGAGCGUAAAGAGAAGAAGAAUAGGAUCCAGCAGAAGAAGCAGGCCUUCAGGGCGCUCAUGGACGAAGCCAAGCUGCACUCCAAAUCUUCCUUCACCGAGUUCUCCGGCAAGUACAGCAGGGAUGAGAGGUUCAAAAAUAUUGAGAAGAUGAGGGAUAGGGAGACUUACUUCAACGAGUACAUCGCUGAGGUCCGGAAGAAGGAGAAGGAUGACAAGGACAGGAAGAGGGAACAGGCCAAAACGGAGUACUUAGCGCUUUUGAAAGAAAAGAGUGUUGACAGGCACUCUAGAUGGUUGGACGUUAAGAAGAAGAUAGACUCGGACGCUAGGUACAAGGCCGUGGAGAGUAGCUCGCUGAGGGAGGACUACUUCAGGGAGUACUGCAAGAUGGUUAAGGAGGAGAAGAAGAAGGAGAAGGACGGCAAGGAGAAGGAACGUGAGAGGGGCAAUAAGAAGGACAAGAAGGACAAAGAGAGGGAGAAAGAGAAGGACCGCGAGAAGGAGACGAAGAAGGAGAAGAAGAAAGAGAAGCCUGCUGACAAACAGUUGGACCAGUCCACUGAGGAUGAAAAGAAGCAGCCCACCCCCCCACCGGACCAGUGGGCCGAGAUCCUGGGGAUACCGGGGGAAGAGAAGGAGAAAGAGAAGGAAAAGGAGAGGGAGAGAGAGAAGAACGCCAAAGAAGCUAAGACGAAGGACAAGAAGGAGUCUGAGAAUAGCGAGAUGGAACCACCGUCGUCCGAAAAGGAGAUGCUGUCACCGAAACAGCUGAGAUCCUCGAAGAAAGAUCCGCAGAAUCAGGAGAAGAAAUCCCCAAUAAAGUCACCGCCCAAGAAGAGAAAGCAGGAGUUCAAGUCGCCGGAGCCGGAGGCGGAGAAGAAGGGCAAGAAGAAGACUGAGAAGACGGAGAAGAGGCGGCGGAAGAAGUCCGAGAAAGAAUAGUGUUUGCUUUACGUGUUUUUUAAACGCUGAUCAUUAGAACAGCGCAGGCUACAUCUGUGCAACUUGGACAAUUAAACGGUCACGCAGUGAGGGGACGGGGCUCGGAGCCUUGAAGCAAUGACUAUAGUACGGACGACAGGACGUUCACAUACGACCCCCAACCCCCCCCCCACACACACACCCACACACACACACACGGACACGGACACUAUAAACCGUGCGAUUUGUAAUACAUACAUGUCUUUGCGAGUCUUGUUUCUUCCUUAUCCAACACACAUAUAUAUAAUUUUUUUUUUUUUUGUAACCAAUUAAUUCUCGCCACUUCCCGUCUAUAUCGAACCGUACGGACACAUUUCCGCUACGACAUAGCCAGCGGGCCGUGCGGGUAGUUGUGUGAGAAUUUUCACGGCGAUAUGCGACCUCGCCGGGGGACAUGACCUAACUUUUUUAUGCAAACGCGGGAAUGCGCUCCGGUUGAAUGACAUUACACUGGUGUUAAUGUAUUUUUCUGAGUAUAUAUGUGGAUUUAAAUCUCGCACAACGUUUAUAUUGAGACACGACAGACGCCAUGUUGGAUAUCUCCGGCGCGUGUCUGUUUUUUUUUUUCCGUUUCUUAAAUUUUUAAUCAUGUUUCGGAUGUGAAUGUAUAUAUACUGUAAAUUUAUAUAAAAAAAUUAUAUAAUAAUAAUAGUUAUAAUAAUAAUGAUAUUCAAGUGAAUAUUUUAACUGUUAAGUGUAUAUGAAAUUUUGACAUUGAUUAUUCUGUUUAAAUUAUACAUAUAUACAUAUAUAUAUAUAUAAAUAUAUAUAUGUAUGUAUAUAUAUAUGUAUGUAUAUAAUAUUUUUCACCUGGUGAUUCAUAUUAUUCUCAUAUUUUUACUCAACAAAUGUAUGUAUGUGUGUGUUUUUUCUAUGGAUUUUAAAGGUUCCCGAUUAUAUUAUACAUACUAAUAUAUCGAUAGGCGUCACGAUGUACUGAAAUUUGAAUAUAUAUAUUAUUUUCUUAACGUUUUUUUUCAUCACGUGCGACGUAUGAGGGUAGUCGCAACUUUGUCGUUAGUUGUAUAAGCCUGUACAUAGGACCGUAACACACAGUUACAUAUGUAUAUAGUAUUUUGUUAGUGUAAUGAUUGUGGUAUUAAAUAUGUUGUAUGCA